AUGGCCCUAUCUAGUCCUAUAAAAUCCAGGCGUAGUCUUACCCCUUUUGAUCCCAAAAUCUUGCGGUGCUUCUUUUGCGAGAAAAAUGAUUUCGAAAGCAACUUAUGUCUUGCUUCUACCCUGGAAUUGGACGAGACAGUCAGACUUUCAACUGGCGACCUCAUAACAAUCGAAGCAAAGUAUCAUGCAGCUUGUUUAGUUAAACUGUAUAAUAGGGCAAGACCAUUACAGAAACAAUGCUCCUAUGCUACCGACAGCUCAUCAGUUGACCUUGAAGAGUUAGCAUUUGCAGAGCUAAAAGGUUACAUUGAGGAAUGCCUGGAACAGGAAGCGCCAGGAGUGCUGACACUCUCUGAGUUAGUGAAAUUUUAUCAAUGUAAACUCAGGGAGAGAGCAGCUGAGAGUGGAGAAACCAAUGCUACCCAUCUAAAGGAAAGAGUAUUAGAGGCAGUCCCAGACCUUAUGGCUCACCCAGAAGGCAGAGAAGUCAUAUUAGCUUCAAGACAUGACAUAGGAGGGAUAUUGACAGAAGCGAAAAGAAGAUAUUCUAAUGCAUGGUGUCUUGCAAGAGCAGCUCAUAUAGAGAGGAAGGACAUCCUAAAAGUAGAUACCGGUAACUCUUUCAAUGGAAAAUUUUCCCGAGAAUGCCAGAAGAAUUCAAUUCCUGCCUCACUGGUCUUGUUAGUUGGAAUGCUUAUCAAGGGUCCCACCACCAAGAUUGAUCCCUCAAAUAAUCAGGCGUGUGUGUCUGUCUCACAACUUAUUUUGUUUAACAGUGUAGCAAGACCUCGUCAUCGCCCAGAAGCAAAUGGUAGUACCCAUCAUAUACAGUCCAGAGAGUGUCCGCUGCCUAUAGAUACAGGGUUGAAUAUACACCGAGCAACAAGGGACAGAGCCCUUAUUGAUGCAUUUUAUAACCUUGGUUUGAGCAUAUCGUAUGACAGGUUAUUGACGGUGUCUACUGAAACAACCAACUGCGUCAUCGACAGGUAAAGUAUGAGAAUCACUGAGAAUCGUAUGAUACUCUUUUCUUUCGAUUUUCAGGACGAGAUAUCAUACAAUGUGUUCACUUCUUCCCCUUGUUUUAUCGUUAUCGUUAGCGGUUCCACCUCUGCCUUUUCUAACUCUGGUUGGAACCGUGUGAUAUUGCUUUGUUCGUGUUAUUUUCAUAGCGGGAUCUUGCUCCUGAGAAAGCUUUGAAUAAUCCUAUAUAAUUGAUUAUAGUGCAAUAUCAAUUCUCACUAUUGAAAAUCACUAUCAUUGAAGGGCUACAUCCAGAUAACUGUUAACAUGUAAAUGCAAAACCUGAAUCACUAACCAAUAUGAAGUCGAAGUCAUUUCACAACGAGGCGAUCGAGACAAAACUGAAUCAAACAUGUUUAGUGGCACGGGUAAGCACUUGCGCGUUUUGUUUUAGUCACACGAUUUGACUGAAGCACAAUAGGCUUUGCUAUAUGCAAAUGUGACCCUCCACAGGAUUUUAAUGCUAAAGGUAAAAGCACGUGCACGACACGCUUUCACUUUAAAACAAAAGAAUUUAUUUUAACACGCUUUAGCACGCUUGCAAUCUUGCCUCAUUAGCAAUUUCUUUUGUUUCAGAGGACACGCUUGAGACAAUUAAGCGUGAGCAAGUCGAACAAAAGAACGUGUUAAAGUUUUCAAACAAAAGCCCCGUGCUAAAAAGCACAACACGCUUUCAGUGUGCGCAAAAAAGCACUCAAGGCGUGUUAUCUAAAAGCCUUUAAGUGGUGAUUUUCAAAUGGCUACGGUUACGAUCAAAUUCCAAAACAGUCUCAAUUGGUAUAUUUGAUUCACUUCGAUCAGUUAUCAAUGCUGAUUAAAUCCGCUGAAAACCCAAGCCAUUUUUAUCAUCUUAGCAGUUUUAGUUAUCAAGCGUGUUCAGUGUGUCUUACCCAAAUUACACGGUAAGCGUGCUUACAUAAUUCGCACACUUACCGUAACAUAUGGCACGCUACAAAAAAACAAAAGGUCUAGCGUGUUGAAUUUACCAAAACAAAGGCAAGUGUGUCCGUCUUUGUUUUUUCAAUUUAAUAUGUACAUAUGCGUGAUCUACGGCACGCUAAGCGUUUCGUGCAAGCGUGUUGUGCAAGCGUGUCGUGAGCGUGCUUUCACCUUUAGCAUCAAAUUCCUGUGGAAGGUCACAAAUAAUAACGUGUAGAAAAGGCAAGUCUGAAUUGCUUCUGACAGUUAUCUAAAAUCGCUCUUAAUCUUUAUCACUAUUUUCUAUUAGGUACAACAGUAAAGGCGUGGUGUGCCAGUCUUAG